AUGUGGGACGUGGUUCUUCUGGACGAAAAGUGGUUCAAUGCGGACAAAGAUUGUCGCAAGGAGUACCUCUUGGAAGGCGAAGAGGUCCCGCGUCGAGCGUGCAAGUCCAAGGGGUUUAUCACCAAGGUCAUGUUCCUGUGUGCUGUUGCUCGGCCGCAAAUGGACAUCGGCGUUGACGAGAAGAUUGGUCUGUGGCCCUUUGUCUCUCAAUCCCGUGCUCGCCGGAGUUCACGCAAUCGACCCGCUGGUUCCAUGGUAAUAACCACUCUUAUCAAUGUUGACGCUACGACGUACCGUGAUUACGUCCUCAACAAAGUCGUACCUGCGAUCAAGGCGAGCCUUCCCUGUGUCUCAAAGCGUGUCGUGCUCCAACACGACAACGCAACACCUCACCGUUCCGUAGACGACGAUGCGCUCGCUGGGGUUUCGACGGAUGGGUGGACGUUUGUGGUUCGUCGCCAGCCGCCGAACAGUCCCGACUUGAACGUACUUGACCUUGGAUUCUUCGCUUCGAUCCAAAGCCUACAGCACAAAAUGGUUAGUCGCACUGUCGAUGACGUCAUUUCUUCAACAUUGAUGGUGUUUGACAUGCUCAGUGGAGAGAAGUUGGAGGAUCUCUUCCUUACGUACAUUGCAGGCAGUCAUGCGCCUAUUCCUGAGCAUGCAGGAGACAAUCACUUUAAGCUGCCCCAUUUGAAGAAGGACGGGAUGAGACGUGCUGGAACUCUUGCUGUGAAUUUGACCGUUCUAGUGUCGCUUCUCUUUGAGGCGAACAGCCCUCCAACAGUUGACAUCCCAGUGACAAUUUUAACCAAUGAAAUGCAUUCGUUUCUUACUUGUCCAAUUACUGAUUUCCCUCGCUAA